AUGGCACGCUGGAGGCCAGUGGCCCUCACUUUGUUUGUCAUUUAUCAUAGCAUCCGUGAGAUCGAGGCUCAAAAGCCUGUGAGGGACAAGGUGCAAGAUUUUGCCCUGCGGAUUCCCCGUGUCACAAUCGAUGAGCUGGCAAAGAACAGGACUCUGAGAACAGGUCUCCAUGCUUAUGUGUUAUCCGGCUUUGCGGAGCAAUGGAAUGCAACCAAUUGGACACUGGACUACCUCACAGAGAAGAUCCCUUUCGAAUGGGUGGACUAUUAUCCAAAGAACAUGGAGGAUGUCGGCAGCAAGCCGUACCUUUUCAAGUUUGACAAAGCUGUGAAAGAAUUCCAACAUCCCAACGAGCUCAAGACCGACAAGCCGAAGUAUAUGCAAAUCCGGCUUAGCCUGCGUGGAUGGAAGCGCCUGAAGAAGGACUUUGUUCCGAAGCCCUUGCCCGAUGUCUUUUGGGAUGAUGACGAGUGGAUAUCGCAGUGCAUGAGAAAGGGCAACAAGGCUGACACACCUGCCAUCAACAAUUUCUUCGUCACCAACCAGUGGAAGUUUCUUCUGAUUGGUGAGAAAGGAACCACCAUGUUCUUUCACAAAGAUGGAACAGCAGCAUCUACCUGGCAGGUGCAGCUCGUUGGGAAGAAGAGGUGGACGUUGUGUCCGAACACCGAGUCCCGAUUCCUGUCUCCAUACAUUGACACGUACAAUCCGGACUACAGCAGAUUUCCAGCAUUUGCCAUGGCAAAAUGCGGCCAGGUUACGGUGUCUCCAGGGGAGCUGUUGUACUAUCCAGCCUAUUGGUGGCAUCACACCUUCCAGUUGGAGACGCCGAGCAUCUCCUACACCGGCGCCUUGGUGGGCGUCGAAGCAGAUCGAUCGGAUCUUGGAGCAGAUAGGAAACCACACGUGCAGUUCUACGCAGACUUGCAGGAAAAAUGUGCGAAAUGCUGGCAGCGGGGUGUGAGCGAAAGGCAGUGCGAUGACAUUUCGCAGAAGUGGGCAGGGGCGGCUCCACCACCCCUGCGGGUCGUUUGUGAAGAGUACUUGCCCGACUGUUUGCGCCUGUGGUCUGAACAUGCCAAAGCCUUGCAUGGCGAAGACCGGGUGGAACUCUGA